AUGAAGGAUUCGGGUAGAUUGAAAUAUUUUUUGGGAGUGGAAGUCUCCAAAAGUUCAGAAGGCAUCUUUUUGAGCCAACGAAAAUAUGCCUUGGAUAUUAUCUCAGUGGUUGGGUUAUUAGGUGCUAAGCCUGUGGGAGUGCCGUUGGAACAAAAUCAUCGGGUGGUAUUGGCGGGUGGACGGGCGCUUGAUGACCCUGAGCGUUAUCGUCGUUUGAUAGACCGACCUAUUAUCUGUGUUUCACUCGAUCAGAAAUGUCUUACAAUGUUCAUAUUUUAUCUCAGUUCAUGUAGCAACCAAAAGAGAAGCAUUGAGAUGCAGCUUUACGGGCCGAAGACUAAGAAGCAAUAUACCGUCUCUCGAUCAUCUGCAGAGGCUGAAUAUCAUUCUAUGGAAAUGACAAUCUGUAAGUCAAGCAGCAUUGCACGGAGCAAAGAUCCAGUCUUUCAUGAAAGAACCAAACACAUUGAAGUGGAUUAUCAUUUUAUUCCUGACGAGAUUGACAAUGGAAAUAUUCGUACUAGCUUUAUGCCUUCACAUGAGCAAUUGACAGAUAUCUUUACGAAGGCAUUAGGAAAAUCUCAGUGUGUUACUCUCUUGCGCAA